AGCCUCAAAUCCUAUCUUGAAAGAGUCCUUAAAUAUCAAAAUUCAAAACCCACAAAAAACCCUUCAAAAUUUUUGGCUUUUUUUCAGUAAUCUUCUGCUUUAAAAGCGCGUCCCUCUUUGAAAAACCCACAAAAACCCUUCAAAGUUUUCAUCUUUUUUGCUGGUUUUUCAGUAAUGGAGAAGGAUUUGAGAGAUUGGGUUUCAAGCAGAUCGCUGUCUCUUGGGAGUCCAAGUUCUUUGAGUCCUUUGUAUGAACAGCUUGAGCCUCCACAAACAAGUUCUAGUUUUGACCAAACCCUGAUGUUGUCUGAGUUUUCUAGACUCAGCGUCUCUUCUUCUUCCUACAACAACAACAACAACAACAGAAGGAGAAGUAGCAGUAGCAAUAGCAAUAAUCGGGCUUUGAAUAUAGGUUCUGGUUAUGAUUUGGCUAAUGGGGUUGGGGGGGUGGACCACUUUUUGCCAUGUUCUUUUCAACCAGAGAGGGAAAAUCAAAGAGUUGGUGAGUUUGGGCAUUUGGGUGCGGCUAAUACCAAUUUACUGGAAAUUUUUGUGCCUGAGAGAAACCAAUUGAGGCAAAGGGAGUACCCAAAUAGGCUUUCUUGGAAUGGGAACGGUUUGGUUUCCGACAUAUCUAUGAAUUCCUGUGGUUUGGUGGAUGGCUUGGGGAGCAAGAAAUCGAGAUUUCCCAAUUGGUUAAAGGAAUCUAUGAAUUGUUGGUCGUUGAAAGAUUUGCGUGGGAUGAUGUUGUACAUGGCGCAAAAUCAACAAUGGAGCCGGUAUUUGCAGAGUAAAAUGGAUGUCUGUACGGAUGAGGAAAAAAAUUUGAUUUUUAUGGAGUUGAUAGAACAUGUUGGUAAAUUGAUGCUGCACCCAUUUGGUAAUUAUGUGGCUCAAAAACUUGUGGAGAUUUGUAGUGAACAUCAGAGGACUCAGAUUCUUCAAAAAGUGAUUGAAACAAAUUCUCUUGUUCAUAUGUGCCUUAACAAUCUUGGAUCUCGUUCUAUACAGAAAUUACUGAAGCAUUUUACCACCCAGCAGCAAAUCUCUAUGUUUAUGUAUGCUCUAAGCCCUGGUACUCUUGCAUUGAGUAAGGACUUGAAUGGUCAGCAUGUCAUCCAACAUUGCUUGAUGCAUUUUUCUGAUGAAGAUAACAUGCAUCUUUUAAAUGAGGUGGCAAACAAUUGUCUCAAAAUUGCAACAGAUAGAAGUGGGUGUUGCGUGCUGCAGAAAUGUCUCAAGCACUAUAAGGGUGCACUCAAAGAACGUCUGGUGGCUGGGAUAAUAGCAAAUGCAUUACUCUUAGCAGAAGAUCAAUAUGGCAACUAUGUGGUGCAAUAUUUGCUUGAAUUGAGGAUACCACAAAUCACAGAAGAUCUCCUGAGACAGUUUAAAGGGAGCUACUUUAUCUUCUCUAGCAAUAAGUUUGGUAGCAAUGUUGUGGAGAAGUGCUUAGUAGAAACAGUAGAAGAACAUUCUGCAAGUAUAAUGAUCGAGUUGCUCACAGAUCCAAAAUGUUCAAUGCUUCUAAUUGAUCCUUAUGGAAACUUUGUCAUCCAGAAAGCUUUAUUGGUGUCUAAGGGAUACAUCCGCAAUGCCUUGCUAGAACUAGUUCAAUCAAACACUCCAAUGAUGACCAGCAAUCUUUAUGGCCGAAAGGUGCUUACUUUUUGUCAGAAGGAGCUGCAUAUAAAUUUUAGGACUCGUUGUUAAAAAUCUGUUUCACUUCUAGAGUGUCUAGCUAUUUUUUGUGCUGUGCCAUUUAGUUACAUUUUAGGGAUUAGGGUAGAUUGGUAUCAUAAGUAUCCAGAUGUAUCAGCAUUUUGGGUUUUGGUUGUUUGUAAUAUGUAGUCUUAAGGGAUGGAAGGUGUGUGCUGAAACUAGAAGUUGCAAAGGAGCUAUCUCAAGAAGUUGCAUACAACCCUCACAAGGGGGAAAGGAAUAUAAUACAGUAUAUGUUCUUAGGCCGUAUAUUCCAAGGUCUUUCCAAUGUUGUUACACUAGCUCUUCCAAAUGUUGUUACACUGUAAACUCAGCGUUUGAUACGUGCUUGAAAUAUAUUAGAUUGUUUCUUGUGUUA